AUGAUGAACGUCUAUUAUUUUCACCAUCAGGCCGACGAGCUGCUGGGUACGGCGAGCGAACAAUUUUUGGGCAAAUCUGUGAAGGAGAUCAAGAUGACAAUCCUGCAAACGCUCGAAGGUCACUUGCGAGCCAUUCUCGGAACGCUUACAGUCGAGGAGGUGUACAAAGACCGCGACCAAUUCGCGGCACUGGUGCGCGAGGUCGCGGCCCCUGACGUCGGCAGGAUGGGCAUCGAGAUACUGUCCUUUACGAUCAAGGACGUGUACGACGAUGUCCAGUAUCUGCAGUCGCUCGGCAAGGCACAGACGGCGAGCGUCAAGCGUGACGCUGAUGCGGGUGUUGCCGAGGCUAAUCGUGAUGCCGGCAUUCGGGAAGCGGAAUGUGAAAAGAGCGCAAUGGACGUAAAGUACUCAACCGACACGAAGAUCGAGGACAACGCGCGCAUGUACAAGCUGCAGAAGGCAAACUUUGAUCAGGAAAUCAACACUGCGAAAGCUGAAUCGCAGCUCGCUUACGAACUGCAGGCGGCCAAGAUCCGUCAGCGCAUCCGUAAUGAGGAAAUUCAAAUCGAUAUCGUCGAGCGCCGCAAGCAGAUCGAGAUCGAAACUCAGGAAAUCAAUCGAAAGGACUGCGAACUGUCCGCCACCGUAAAGCUGCCAGCCGAGGCGGAGAGCUACCGCGUGCAAACGAUCGCCGAGGGUAAGCGCACGCAAACGGUCGAAACUGCGCGUGCGGAGGCUGAGCGCAUCAAGAAGAUCGGAUCGGCGGAAGCGUACGCCAUCGAGCAGGUCGGCAAAGCAGAAGCGGAGCGGAUGCGCAUGAAGGCGAACGUGUACAAGAUGUACGGUGAUGCUGCCAUCAUGAAUAUCGUACUCGAAUCACUGCCUAAGAUUGCGGCGGAAGUUGCAGCUCCGUUGGCAAAGACCGAAGAGAUCGUACUGAUCGGUGGAAACGAUCAAACGACGGGCGAUGUGACGCGUCUCGUUGGACAGCUGCCUCCAGCCAUCAAUGCCCUAACCGGAGUCGAUCUAUCGAAGGUGCUGGGAAAGAUACCCGGCGCAAAAGCAUAA